AUGGUUACACCCACAGGCACUUGUUUUUUCCCCCAAACCUGGCAAGAAGCAAUCGAGCAGAACAAGCUGUGGCUGGGCGUUCUGCUUUCUAUGGACCGGUUUAGCCCCAGCCAGUCCACGGUAUCCAAGUCCCAUUCCACUGGGCCAUUGUCUGUUUGUAUCACUAACCUUCCUCCAGAGCUAAGAUUCUGUGUACGAAAUCUCUGCCUAAUUGGGAUCCUCCCUGGUCCCAAGGAACCCAAUGCCCAACAGCUCCAACCAUUCCUGUGUCCACUUGUUGACAACCUCUUGUGUCUGUAG